UACCACUGCACCAUCUUGGACCUGAUACAACAGAUGGGACACACUGUCCUCUCUGUCCACAGAAAGAUGGAUGUCUGGUUCUUGCUGCGGACGGACUAUUUGGACUUCCGAGGAAGAAAUCGUCUGGAAGUAGUCUUGAAGGGCCGAAACACUUCAACCGAUUCUUUUGCUCUCAAGAUCUUGUUGAUGCUUUUAUUGGAGAGAAACAACAUUCUUCUGAGGAGCUUUCAAGCAGGUAGUGCACUCAGGUCAAAGGUGAAGAACUCCAAAUUGGAUGAGACAGGUGUUUUUGGCAUAUCCUAUAAGCAUGAAGAUCCACGUCGCUUUCUUAGUCUGAAGAGAGGUGAAAGCCUUUCGAAUGCUGUCUACCUGCUAAAGGAACUGCAAGAACAGUUUGGGACAAGCAAAAUAAUUGUCUUCAUGUAUGAUAUUGCUUGCAGAUUAAAACCUCACUUGCAGAAGUUUUAUCCGGAUCUUCUGACAAAGAAGCUGACAUUUGCUGUUCCUGCGUUCCAUGCUUAUGGACAUGAUGUUGCUUGUCAGAUUUCAUACAGCUGUAGGAAUGUUGAAGGUGCAGGUUUAGCUGAUGGGGAACAGCUGGAACGACUGUGGUCAUACCUACGCCGUUUUGUAAGGCCUUACAGAGCAAGAUAUACAAGUCUGGGCAAGUCAGUACCGGACAGAGGCCAGGUAGUCUGCAGAGUGGACCUGGGAAGAGGACUAUGUCCAGAAACUGAUGGGGCACCAGGAACUGGCUUGAGCAGUGAGACAGCCAGCUGCACUCGGGAUGUCACAACACAUCUUGAUAAAUGGACAGAAAAUUGCCAUCAAACUUUCAAAGAAGAUCUCUUCGAUAUGCCAGAGGACAAAACAAAAGGUGAAAGACUUCAACAUUGCCACCAGAGCAGUCAACCAGCCACAUGCCUUGGAGUACCACAAUGUGAUUCAAAUCGACAGCCCCAUCUGGUCAACCCUUACCACCAGAAGAAUGGAUAACCUACCUGUCAAACAGCCACUCUUUGUGUUGUGGAGUACAACAAGAAGGGCAAAUGAAGAGAGGGCAUGCUUGGUGGAAGAGUGCAAAUCAGCAAAAACCUUCUAUGAAAAGCAGCUCUUUCAGAUUGACAAAUACGCCCAGCCAGAAUGUCAGUCCUCAAAUAGACAGGACCGAGACACAGCUGCAGCUUUCUGCCGUAAGAGGAGGGAAUUCUCAGAGCAUCUCUCACAGUUUGCAAGUCUCCUCACAGCAAUGACGACAGAUGCUACUUUUGUAAACAGUGAAGAAUCUGAUACUGAUGAAGAGGAGGAUGAUGAGGAUGAAGACGAAGGCGAUGAGGUGGAGGACAAGGAGGAAGACAUUAAUAAUUUUGUUAAAAACAAAAGAACCUCUGUGUCUCUGUUACAACCUGCUGAUGACUGUAACAGUCUCAGCUCAGUGGAAACUUCCCUCUGAUAACAUCCCGUUUGAAGCUUUGCAAUAACUGUAAUACUGUUGAUCCAUUGUUAGGUGUCGUCUUGUUAAUCACCUUGUUAUAGAACAGCAUGUUAAGUAUAUAUACAUAUAUAAACUUAACAUGCUGUUCUAUCUCCAGCUGCUUCCGUCCAUAAGCUUCUUCAGUGUGAAGUCAUUUGGCAGCCCCUUAACCUCUAUAUCCAGCGUCUGGUUAACCAGUGCCUGGUAUGGAAGGCGUCCAGAGCCGCCUGUAACACCUUUAAAAGAUAAAAAUAAAACUGUUUGGACAAAUUCACCUCAUAAAUGCUGAAAAAAUGUACAGGAUAUGCAUUGAGGUCAAUUUGUGCACAGCAAAAAUCAUCACAAGUAUGAGUCAUCAUGACUCGAGCAUUUCAUAUAAUAUACAAAGUCAACAGACAAAUAAACAAAAUAGGCAAGACACUCAAUUAGAAAGACCUUUGCAUCUACUUCAUAUUCAUUCAAUAAAUCAUGCGUAAUCAUUAAAAAACUAAGUAUACAAGAUACAGAUCAGGAUCAGGUCAUGUCCAUAUCAAACUUCAGACAAAGUGAUCUCAGUAACAUCGAGGGUAACAUGACUAAUGAAACUAAAGCGUAAGUUCAGACAGAAAGAUCCUUCAUUGCAUGCACAAUCAAGCUUCCCUCUCUCCCUAUCAUCAGGAGCGUCCCUCUAAAUGUUAAACCAAUCAGAUCAUGCCACAAGUCAUCUAUCAUCCAAUCACAAAGUAUCUGUCAAACUUUAAAAGCUCAUUAAUUUCUCCCCCUCCGCCGGCUGCCGUCAUUUUCACCUCAAUGCUCAUUUCACCUCCUGGCAUCAUCUGGCACAGUUUCCCCAGAAAGCAGCUGCAUGCACACAGUGGAAAGAUGAAAGUUAAGUUAGUGCUAAUGUAAGGAUAUGACAUGAAAAAUGUUAACUCAUGAUGGAUAUUACCUGCAAA